GGAAAAGAAAAAGCGGUUGACUGAGCGUGAGCGCGAGCAGAAAUGAAAACAGUUAUAAGCAUGGGUGAAGUAGAUGUCUUGGAAGGAUUGGAUGUACUAGAGAAAGAAAUAGCAACCAAGUCCCACAUACGAAAGGAAAAACAGAGAAGUGCCAGCAGACUUAAAGUGCUGAGGGAAAAAUGUGAGUCACUGAGAAAAAGAAAGGAGCACCUGGAAGAAAAACUUCAAAGUGAACUGGUCAUGGAUUCAGAGGAGGGGAUUAUCGAGACUGUGACAUCUGUGUGGAAGUCAAGACUGGAUGAGUGUCUCAAAAUCUACAGAUUAACAGGAAUAUCAGCCAGCAGCCUCGAUGAGACGUCAAUGUUAGUUCGCUUUGAUACGUCAUUUGAGGGGCAGUUCCACGAGCCAUACUUCCUGGAACUUGUGAAGACUCACCGCAUGAUGAUUCGCCAGCACACCAUUCCUGCGUUUGUGCCAGUACAGUGGCUGGUAGAACGAUACUUUCCAGACAGCCUGCAGGCUUUCUUGCGACUGAUAAGCGACCACCUUGUGGCAUUUGUGCGCAGACGAGAAGACCUGAAGAGAGCUCAAGAAUUACUGCAGAUCCGUGGAUAUAUCAUCGGUGAAAUAUCAUACACGCUAGCCGUUGAUGUUGUACAGUUUCACACAGAGCGUGAUACACUGGCAGGUCCUGCUCUAGAUGUUGUACUCCGCUUUAACGAUCUGCUACAUUUGACACCAAGUUCAGCCUCAAUCAAAGCUAUAGGAGAGCCAGCGGAACCCUUGGAACAGAUAGAAGACUGGCAGAAGCUGUUGAUGUCUGGUCCUCCUUCAGAAACUUUACAUUUUCUUUGCCCUGAAAGAGAAGAGGAGAGUGCUGAUCAGUCAGAGAUUAGUAUGAGUGACUCAGAAUCAAGUGCUCAUCUGUCACAGAACACUGUCAGUGACUGGUAGAUAAUAAUAUGAGUGACUUCAAAUGAACUCAUCAGUGACAGAAUAGUAUCAGCAACUUAAAAAGAUUAAGUGCUAUAAACAUAUUUAUUGUGAUGCCAAACUAAAACGCUAUGCCCGGAGACACAACUCGUGAAACCCCACAAAGUCACGGUAUAUUAUUAUCAUACUACAGGACAUGACAUCCGACCCAGUCACAGUGUAUUGUUUUUAUACUGACACCAGACGACACCCAACCCAGUCGCAGUGUAUAAAUAGUAUGCUGACAUGAGACAUGACAUCCGGCCCAGACACAGUAUAUUAUUAUCAUACUGACACCAGAUGUGACACCUGAGACAGUCACAGUAUAUUAUUAUUAUACUGACACCAUAUGUGACACCUGACACCGUCACAGUAUAUAAUUAUUAUAUGAAUGUCAGACACUUCCCCCAAAUAUGUACAUGCAUAACCAUGAAAUGAACUCUCCGGGUCACAAAUUCCAGUUAUAGGAGAACUUUUACAAGACAAUGAAAUCAGGAAAUCAUGCAUCAUCCUAUAAACAAAUUCAUAAUUUCGUAAAUUAAGGGGACGAAAUGUGUUGGAAGACCUAGUAAUGUGAUGUAGACACAAUGAAAUCUACUACACCGUAUAACAAUACUAAAUGUAUUUUGUUAAAAGCUCAGUACUCAGUCAUGCAGGGAGCCGAAGUGGUUAGAGUGCCAGCAUGGCGCAAUGACCCAGGAACCUCCCACCAAUGCGGUCGCUGUGAAUUCUAGUCCAGCUCAUGCUGACUUCCUCUCAAGCCAUACGUGGAAAAGUCUGCCAAUAACUUGCGGAUGGUCGUGGGUUUCCCUAGGGCUCUGCCUGGUUUUGCCACACCAUAUUGCUGACUGUCGUCGUAUAAGUGAAAUAUUUUUGACAACGGCUUAAACCACCAAUCAAAUAAAUAAACCAAUACUCGGGCCUUCCGAUUCAGCGUAUGCGUUUUAAUUGUUAGCGGUGAUUCGACACUGAGUUUGCUCAGUCUAGUGUUCGUUGAAGACCACGAGUCUUCCAGCAAUACGGAUGGUUUAUGUGCAUAUUUGUAUCAUGCCUGUAGGACGACAACACACGUGUUAAAGUUUGUCAGGAACUCGCCAAAUGGUCAGUACCACUCACACACGGGUUUGUCAGUUUUCUCUGCUCAUAAAACUGACCAUCAUUGUGUAAGUAAAAUUCUUGAUAUGCAUACAUGUAUGUAUGACAUUAAACAAUAGUGAAAAUUAUACGAAUAUGGAAAUACUGUAUGCAAGGGAAUGACGG